AUGUCCUCACCGAUAGCAGACCUCGAGACAUGGUGGCUCACAUCUGGCUUCGAGCAUUUAGAAGACCUUGUCGAAGUCGAUAGUCUGGGUCUGUGUCGUCAGCAAGUCGGUUUUGUGCAGGCUAUCCAGCAGAAACUACGGGCGUUUGACGGCAACAGGGACAUAUACUACAGACUUGUUGCAGAAGUAUCGACCCCAAAGACACUGUCCUGCCCGGUGAACCCUCGUCGACAGCUGAGUGAGGUUCUUGGGAAAAUCUUUCGCCGAGUCGACGAUGGUGGUCUGGAUCAUGAUCUCGCGUUUGGAGGGCUCGCCACCUUUGAACAGGUGGAAACACAACGUUCACGGCUUGCAGAGGCCACGAUUCUGGCAUUAAGUGCUUGUCCCUUGGAUGACAGUAGCAUUCAGCUGGUGGAGGGGUUACAUGAAAAGGCCAACGAACGGUAUCGCCAGUCCCAGCUUGGGUUUCGGGCAUGUUGCCUUUUAGACUUCCUCCCACAAAGUGACAUCAGCAGACCUGAUGCUGCGAGAAUCAUGGCACGCUUGAAUGCGCUAUUCCCUCCAGAAUUCACAGCUCUUUCUGAAGAAGAAGCCGCUCUGUCACCCUGCACGCCCGGCUUACGAGACAGUAUACGGCUAUGCAUAUACGAACGUCUUAUGAGUGCGGAUACCGUCCCCAUCGAAAACGGACAGUCCUUCACCGACAAGUUCACGUCAUGGUGUAGCAUUCCCUCCUACUACGAAGCCCGUGCCUCAUUGCUACGAUAUGCCGAAGAAGCCAAGAAGACGGAAGACAUCUGCCUCAGCAUCUUGCACACCAUUGAACUCGCAUACGCAGCAUCUUAUCCCACCAGCCCCUCCAUAUUAUCAUGCAUGGCUUCAUCAGACGGCUCCAGGAGUCCGGAACUCGAACCAGCAACACCUACCUCCUCCCACGCCAUCGCCUCCGACUCCAGCGUCAUAGCAGAUACAUCCUUCACAUCGAGAUUAUCAUCCGCCCCAACUUCAAUCGCCUCCAUCACCUCUGAGACCUUCCCGCCUUUGCUCAAAGGCAUGCCUGGCCGUGAAUUAUCUGCCGCCAAGACAGACGGCGCGACCUUUGCAAUGGACUUUACCGCCCCAGAUGUUCUCACCUACCCUGAUGAUCUUUCGAAAACAGAGUUUCACAUCCAUCCUCUCGCUAAGAACCUCGACUUGAGUAUAGAGGAAAAGGCGAGGCUGGGCCUCAUCAUCCCAAAGGAGCGUUCAAGUCGUAAUUUCUAUGGCGGUGAUACACCUCAUCUGAUCAAGGUUGCGAAGCCUCUUGCGAAGAAGCGGGUAUCGAAACGAAAGGUCAAGCUAAGCCAGGACAUGUCCCAGGUGCCUCCUUUGCCACCCAUCCCCGAGACGUUCAAGCCAAAUGUUGGUCCUAAGCGUAUUGGGCGGUUCUUCGACCGCUCGAGGCGCCAGGCAGAGCCCUCAAAUACUGCUGCAAAUGUGAAGACUGUCAGGAAAUCCGAUAAUUCUUCGCUGUUGAAAUUGUCCCGUGGGAAGAGGAAAGCACAUCUCAAAUCGCAAAUCUCGGAUCCUGCACUCUGCCGUGCUGGGAGCCUACCUCUUCCAAUGCUCUUCGACAAGAAGACAGAUGAGGAUAGACGAAUGAGCGAUAGUAGCAUACAUUCACCCGUGGCCAUUGACUUUGCUCCUGACCAUCCAGCCGCAUCCAAGCAUGAGUUUGGAGUUGCGAAGCCUCGUCUUUCUCCGAUGGAAUACGCGCGGAUGUAUCUGCUCAACAAGGCGCAGAAUGAGCAUCAGAAUCGAGAUCCUGAGCUUCUGCCUCCGGAGAAGAAGUGGUUUUGGACGCCUGGCUGGGAGAAAUUCUUAAUCAUACCCAAGAUUCCGUCCGUUAUCAAACGGGACCAACGUACAGACUCGUUGACUGAUGUUGAGGUCGACGAUGGUAACUCUCUUACACAUACAGGUUUGUCUUCUUCGCCAGUCGGUUGUCCACGGUUAUCACUUCAUAUUGGAGAAACGGGAUGUUUAAUGUCAUUAGCUGCGAAAACAGCCGUUGUGGCUGCGACGAACAAUCUGGAUACUAUAGUGUCCCAGAACAGAGAUACCACCUUCUCCCGUCAGAAGUCUCAAAGGCGGCCUUAUACUUCUGAUGAAAUGAGAACCUCACCAGUAUCGAAAGCUGAAAGAUCGUUGACACCUCUAUCAGAGCUCUCAGAGCAGACGGCUUUUCCAGCUGCCCAUGUAUCAAACUCACCAGAUACAAGCAGCCCAUCUAAGAGGAGCACUCUAAACAGGCAGGAUUCUCUCCCGAUACUUCUGCCCAGGACAUAUCAACCGCCAGUGCGAGAAUACCAAAAUAAAGUUACAUCCCCUGGCCAGUCUCCCAACAUGCCCCAAUUCACAACACCGAGGUUCAUGAAAGUGGACGCUUCGAGUCCUUCACCACUACCGUCCUCACGGCUCUUCUCAACUAGAGAGAAACAGCCGUUGUACGUGGACGACCUCACACCAGACAGAAUCAAAUCCAUGGCCGCGUCAAUCAUUGGCGGAACCAACAUAAACCUGGCCGCGCAACCGAACCCAGCACUCAGUCCUGGUAUUCUUUUCGGUCUACCACCCUCUCCUCACGAACUCGUUGAACGAAGCGUACGAACCAGUUCUCUGAACUGGAAGCAGUACACAGGCCCACGACGCCACUCAUUCGGCGCUGAAAUCAAGGAACAUCUCCAUUCUCGAACGCCAAGUUCCAACUCAAGCACCUACUACACAAGGGCCGCUCUCAUCUCACCCGCCCUGUACAAGCAAUAUCUUGAAAACGACCCUUUCACGGAUCUGCGACCCAACGUAUCGCCAUCAGAUCAAGAGAGAUUGCCGACUCAACAGCCUCGUCCUGAUUCGCCAACUUUGGGUCACAAGCACGAGGAGCAAGACCUGCUCGUCGAACGUGGGAGUCGUGUCCACGAAGAACAGUCGUUUGACCUCCUGAAGUCAUAUGUGAGAAGUAAAAGAAGGCGUUUAAAUCAGACGAAUCAUGAUGCGUCAUCCUCAUCAUCUGGUGCCGGCGAAGCCGAAGGCAGGGACUCGACUGUUGAUUGUGCCGGAAAGUUUUGGCCCAGCUCGAUAUUCGCUUUGAACAAGGCCAAGAGCCAUGAAGCGUUCACUCUACUACCGCGUCUACUGCCCACGUAUCGUCAGGACAAAUCGCCCCAUUCACCUCCCCGUCUCAACAGCUCGAGUUUGAGCCACCCAUCCCGCAAGCUCGUCAAACGGCGUAGCAUAUCAGAUAAGUCAACGGCGCUAGCCCUACAGACGUUUGAUACAGCGUCUCGACUCGCUUCAGCCAUAAACGAGCACGAUUCGAGCCCUGCAUUUACUCCCUCUACAAUCCUGGCAGACUGUCUGGAACAUCGGCUGGAGACUUACAAGCCGUCCAAAAUCAGUAGCUUUUUUUCUCGGCGCGCUCGAUAA